AUGAACGAUUCCGAAUUGUAUGAAAAAAACGUUAAUAAAGAUAUUAAUUUAGAUAAUUUAUAUAAAGCAUUAGUGGAAUGUUUUUCUGUUAUAUUGUGUGGGUUUGCAACUGGAAAGUUAAAUUUAAUUUCUCAAAGAGAAAUUAAAGGUUUGGAUGUUUUUGUAAGAACAUUUUCUUUGCCAUGUGUUAUUUUUCUUUCAUUAGCCCAAUUAGAUUUUUCAUCAAUUAAUUGGAGUUUCUUAGGAAGUAUAUUAGUUUCUAAAAGCAUUGUUUUUGUCUGUGUCAUUAUUGUUACUUGUAUUUUAAGUAGACCAAUUCAUUUGGGAAAACUUGGAUUAUUUGCUGUUUUCUGUACGCAAAGCAAUGAUUUCGCACUCGGAUAUCCAAUCUUAAAAGCACUUUAUGACCAAGAAAAUCCUAAUUAUCCCUCUUAUGUUUACUUGCUUGCACCUAUAUCUUUGGCUGUUCUCAAUCCGAUAGCCUAUGUUUUACUUGAAAUAGGAAAAUUUAAUGGAGAAACUAAUUCAAACAAUGAGUCUAAAAAUAUUAAUGAAUCUCCUGUACAUGAAUCAGUUAAUCUUAGUUUACCAGAAGAAACGAGGAAUAGGAAUAACGUAGAAUCCGAUGAAAAUACACAAUCCAGAAAUUAUCAGUCUGAUACAAAAUCAGAUUUUAAAUUAUUUUUUGCAGUCAUAGUAAAUAUAUUUACAAACCCGGUUAUGUUAAUGACCUUUUUGGGAAUGUUAGGAAAUUUAUUUUAUACCUAUAUUGAAUUUAUAGGUGUUGUUUUAAAUGCUUUUGCUUCAGUUUUUUCGACUACUGCUUUAUUUGUUCUCGGCUUGAGAAUGGUUGCUAACACUCAUAAAUUGAAAGGAAAUGCAUUAGUCACAUCUGGUAUUUUAAUCAUUACAAAAUUAUUAGUUUUGCCUUUAGUAACUAGAGAAAUUGUUAGUUUGCUUCACACUGGUAAAAAUGCCACAGAAACUCUUAAUUUAAGUACUUUUGGAUUCAUGUAUGGUACAUUUCCAACAGCUCCAAUGGUAUUCGUACUCUCAGCUCAAUAUGAUAUUGAAGUUGAUAGCGUUCCAAGUUCCUUAGUAGUUUGUACAUUUUUAAGCGCUCCGCUCAUGUAUAUAUCAGCUAAAAUGAUUUUUAUGGAUUUUUUACCCAAUGAUGAUUAUAUAGAAAAAUUACAAUCGUUUGCUUUCAACGUUGGAGUAGUCGGAAUUCCUUUUGGUAUUUGGCUUAUCAUUUUAUUUAUUGCCAAUAAAUCAUUUAGUAAACUUCCUCACAAAAUUACAGGAUUUUUAAUAAUUAGUCAGAUCAUUAUUUGUAUUGGUGUAGCUUUACUGCCGAUUCGGGAGUUUUUUAAACCGUGGUCAACUUAUAUUCAAUUUUCUUUUCUCGCAUUUGGAAUUUACAGUUCAAGGCUCUGGACGUGCUUUUUGGCAAUCACGUUGGUUCUUUUACAAAGUCGAAGUUUAUGUUUUGUUCUUAAAUUAAUUCCUGCUCUAAAUAUUUUAGCAUGGGGCAUUCCUGCAAUUUUUGUCAUAGCAGAAAAUUUUGCUUUUACAAAUGGCCAUUUCGGAUCUCUUACAAAUCCCAAUUUCUACAUAGGGAAAUUUCAGUCUGGUGUUACCCUUUUCCUUCUUAUCAUUUCGUUCAUUGGUACUAUAGUAAGCUUGAUUCUUCAACAUCGUUACCAAUUACGAUUUGCUAAAUAUUUUAACUUAAUUCAAGAAGUUAAUUCCGACGAUGUUAAAGAGGAAAGAGAAACUAGCAUUGGGGAUAAUUCUCGUGAUACAACUUCCCAGUUAUGUAAAGGAAGUUGUUCGAAAACAACCGACAUUGAAGAAAUACUAAGUGAAAAUAAUUCAAAUCUUUGCAGUGGAAGUUGCAAAAAAGAAUCUGUAUGUCCUUCUGAAUUUAAUUGUACUCCUGCCGAAAGAGAAAUGUGCGAAGAAACAAUUAAACAAUACAAUGCUACCACGUUAAAUGAAAACAUUGACGAAGAUCAUGAAGAUCGACAAAUUUUACGACACAUUGUUUUAUUAUUGCUUCUCAUAAUGUCCAUGUUUGUGAAUUUAAUGUUGUCGAUCUGGACGUUGGUCGUCGAGGAUGCUAUUUCCGGCGUGUAUAUAGAACUCCUUUUUUUAAACGUUAUACUAAACAUAGGACAAGUUUUUAUUACGUUUGCCGUUUUUGGUUUCAAUUCAAAAAUUUUAUUUGUAUCUAUCACAAACAGAUGGCGAAAAUUUUUCUACGGAGCUGAAAGCAUCGUAUUAACUCCAGUUACAGAAUUAGGUUUUGAAACGACUCACGUUUGUCAUCAAUUUAUUGCACAUCAUUUACAAAAUUGCGAAAAAGAAAUAGCUAAACCGAAAAGACUGAAACUUCGAUUGUACAAAGCGUGUUUUAAAGGUAAAACAUUAGUGUCAUGGCUCCAGACGAAACGAUUGGCCAAGGACGAGGUCGAAGCUAUUCAAUAUGCUUCUCAUUUAUUGGAAGGCCGAGUACUCAGACACAUUGAAAAUCGUCAUCAUUUCGAAAAUUCUGAUUUAUUAUAUACUUUUAAAUCGUGA